AACCAGCCGCCGGAGUCGGAGUGGCGGCCGGGUGUGGAGCAGGCAAAAGCCCCUGGGAAAGGCCAGUCCCGAUCAGUCCCGUCUGGCUUCGGCUCCAGAUCCUGUGCGGAGCAACAGCCGCGGUCGCAGUGUCCGUCACCGCCUCCGCCUCCAUCGUCGUCGGGGGAGGGGCCGGUCGGACCCCGGGGUCACUGCCGAGGAAUGAGGAGAGGCGACCGGGCCCCGCGCUCCGCCCCGGCCUAGGGCCUUGCCCCGGGAGUCGCGAGGGUGGAGGCCUGAAAUUUGAUCUAUGCACUGCCCACAUCCAGCUGCCUGAACGUACUUGAUGAUCACAUGACCCUGGACAUGGAUGCUGUCCUGUCGGAUUUUGUCCGUUCCACAGGAGCAGAGCCAGGGCUGGCCCGUGAUCUCCUGGAAGGAAAGAAUUGGGAUGUGAGUGCUGCCCUCAGUGAUUUGGAACAGCUCCGUCAAGUUCAUGCUGGGAACCUGUCCCCACCCUUCAGUGAAGGGAAUAGUGUUUCCAAGACUCCUGAAAAAGGGUGUCUGAUAGAGAGGUCUACUCGCCCUCUGCGACCUGUCCUACAGCGGCAGGAUGACAUCAUUCAAGAAAAACGCCUGUCUAGGGGCAUCUCCCACGCCAGCUCCAGCAUUGUUUCCCUGGCCCGAUCCCAUGUCUCCUCCAAUGGUGGGGGUGGGGGGAGCAGUGAGCACCCCCUGGAAAUGCCCAUCUGUGCCUUCCAGCUUCCAGAUCUCACUGUGUACAAUGAAGACUUCCGCAGCUUCAUAGAGAGAGACCUCAUUGAGCAGUCCAUGCUGGUUGCCUUGGAACAGGCAGGGCGUUUGAAUUGGUGGGUUAGUGUGGACCCUACCUGUCAGAGGCUGCUUCCUUUGGCAACUACUGGAGAUGGGAACUGCCUCUUGCAUGCAGCCUCUCUUGGGAUGUGGGGUUUCCAUGAUCGGGACUUGAUGCUGAGAAAAGCUUUGUAUGCACUGAUGGAGAAGGGAGUCGAGAAGGAAGCAUUGAAAAGGCGCUGGAGGUGGCAGCAAACGCAGCAGAAUAAAGAGUCAGGGCUGGUAUAUACAGAGGAUGAAUGGCAGAAGGAAUGGAAUGAACUGAUCAAACUUGCCUCGAGUGAACCCCGAAUGCAUCUAGGUACCAAUGGAGCCAAUGGUGGUGGGGUGGAAAGUUCAGAGGAGCCUGUAUAUGAGAGCUUAGAAGAGUUCCAUGUCUUUGUCCUUGCUCAUGUGCUUAGGAGGCCCAUAGUUGUCGUGGCAGACACCAUGCUGAGGGACUCCGGAGGAGAAGCAUUUGCCCCUAUUCCCUUUGGGGGAAUCUAUCUGCCCUUGGAGGUCCCAGCCAGCCAGUGUCACCGAUCCCCUCUGGUGCUUGCCUAUGAUCAGGCCCACUUUUCUGCACUUGUGUCCAUGGAACAGAAGGAGAAUGCCAAGGAACAAGCUGUGAUCCCACUUACAGAUUCAGAGCAUAAGCUGCUGCCCUUGCACUUUGCUGUGGACCCAGGAAAGGGCUGGGAGUGGGGCAAAGAUGACAAUGACAAUGUCCGAUUGGCCAGUGUAAUUCUGUCCCUAGAGGUUAAACUGCAUCUGCUGCAUAGUUACAUGAAUGUGAAGUGGAUCCCACUGUCCUCUGAUACACAGGCUCCUCUGGCCCAACCUGAGUCCCCCACAGCCUCAGCUGGAGAUGAGCCCCGAUCCACUCCUGAAUCUGGGGAAUCAGACAAGGAAUCAGUUGGCAGUAGUUCUACCAGCAAUGAAGGCAGCCGGCGGAAGGAGAAGUCCAAGCGAGAUCGGGAGAAGGACAAGAAAAGAGCAGAUUCUGUGGCUAACAAACUGGGCAGCUUUGGCAAAACCUUGGGCAGCAAGCUCAAGAAGAACAUGGGAGGCCUGAUGCACAGCAAGGGCUCUAAGCCUGGAGGGGUGGGAACGGUGUCAGGGGUAAGCAGUGGCACUGAGACACUGGAGAAGAAGAAGAAAAACUCACUGAAGAGCUGGAAGGGUGUCAAAGAGGAGGUAGUGGGGGAUGGGCCUAUAUCUGAGAAGCCCACAUCUGAGUCUGUUGGUAAUGGAGGGAGCAAGUAUAGCCAGGAGGUGAUGCAAAGCCUGAGCAUUAUGAGGAUUGCCAUGCAAGGGGAGGGGAAAUUUAUUUUUGUUGGAACCCUGAAGAUGGGUCACCGUCACCAAUAUCAGGAGGAGAUGAUCCAGCGCUACCUUUCUGAUGCUGAGGAGAGAUUCCUGGCAGAGCAGAAGCAGAAGGAGGCAGAAAGGAAGAUCAUGAAUGGAGGGGUAGGGAGUGGGCCUCCUCCAGCCAAAAAGCCAGAGCCAGAUGGCGGGGAGGAACAGCUGACUGUUCCCCGAGCAGAGUCCAAGGCAAUGGCAUACUCUACUGGCUAUCCUGGGGGCUUUACUAUCCCUCGGCCUUCUGGGGGUGGAGUUCACUGCCAGGAACCCCGAAGACAGUUGGCAGGGGGUCCUUGUGGGGGGGGCCUGCCACCAUAUGCGACUUUCCCCAGACAGUGCCCUCCUGGGCGACCCUACCCCCACCAGGACAGCAUCCCUUCUCUGGAGUCAGGCAGUCACUCCAAGGAUGGAGUUCACAGGGGUGCAUUGUUACCACCCCACUUUCGCGUGGCUGAUUCCUAUAGCAACGGCUACAGAGAACCCCCUGAGCCAGAUGGAUGGGCUGGAGGUCCCCGGGGGCUUCCCCCAACCCAGACCAAAUGCAAACAACCGAACUGCAGCUUUUAUGGACACCCUGAGACAAACAACUUCUGCUCUUGCUGUUAUAGGGAAGAACUGAGGAGGCGGGAACGUGAGCCAGGUGGGGAGCUGCUGGUGCACAGGUUCUGACUGAAUAGAGGGAACCUAUGAAGGCAAGGGGGCUGAACGAAGAAAGUUAAGCGCAACACACUGGCUCAUCAAGACCCAGCCCCCAGGUUGAUGGGGCAAAUGCAGAAAUGUUUAUGGGAGCCUGGCUGGAAACUUUAAAGUGUGUGCGCUUGACUGCUGCCAGAUUGGCAAGAUCAGGUCAGGGCUGGACGGUGCCUCAAAGGCUGUACUAUUCCUUUGUAGAGCUUGACAUGAUGGGACUGAGGAGGUACAAAGGGGUGGGAAUUAUAAUUCUGUCUCAAAACCCUUUGAGUCCCAUCCCAGGAUCUAAUGGAAAGUAGUAGGGGAGGGUUUGGUGUGUGUGGGUGGGAGGUGGACAGAUGUCUGGGGAAGGAAUAGGUAAAGGAGGUUCUCAAUUAAAAAAAAAAAAAAAAAAAAAACAGACCAAAGUUCUUUUAGGUUGGAAUAAA